UGAAGAGCUCCAUCAAAUGUGCACUCAGAUUACCUGCAUGGAUGGCACUAGAAGAGUUGAUCAAAUGGUGUAUCGAUAUCCAAAAAAACAUGACGGGUCGCUUUGGAAUGAUGAAUUCCUCCUUACCACUCAGGAGGACGUUGAUGCCAUGGUCCAAUUUUUGACCACCAAUAAAAUUAAGCAAGCGGAGAUGUUCGUUUACACCGAGGCCGUCGAAGGCGGUGUAGGUCAUUCUGGAGAUGGCCAAACAUUUGGUAUCCACGGUGGGAGUGUAUUAUACGAAGAUCAUCCCCAACAGGAGUACCAAGACUCGAGCUGGAGGCAGAAGUAUCAUGAUGGAACUGGAGGUCAUCAUCAAUCCUUCCCUUCAUAUGAAGAAGAAGCUCAACAGGCGGAUUAGAACCAACAAGCAGGCUACCAGUACCCACCCGAGUACAACUUCUACCAAAGUGGUGUUAGUUACCACGACUACCAUUACGGAGCUGGUGAAGGUGAAGGUGCCUUUCAUGAUGAUAAUCAGAUGGAAGAAGAGGUCAAUCCAAGUCCAGUUAGUGACCCUGAGGUUGAAGAAGAGGAAGGCGAUGUUAGUGCAGACAGCUUCGAUCCUCUGGAAGGUGCUGAUGAUUCCGGUCCAGAUUCAGACGCAGACGGUGAUGAGGUACCUCGCGACCAUUUACCUAUCCCGUACUACAAUCACAUUCAAAAUGACGAUUGGUAUGUUGAUGCCGACAUGGACCCGCCAGAGGUGCCAUUAUGGGGUCCACUCACUGGCUUUACGAAGGGCCAACAAUUUGCAACGAAGAAUGAGGUCCGACACGCUAUUGCCACUGAAGCAAUGACUCGGAGUUUUGAAUGGCAAAAAACCCAUUCCGACACAAAGAGGAUGAUGGUUCGAUGCAAAAAUCAAAAUGAGGGAUGCAAAGCUAGGGUCCAGGCCAUCAAGAGCAAGAGAGUCGGCCUUAGGGUCAUAUCCUGUGCGGUGAACACACACACAUGUGUGUCAUCAAUAACAUCUGACUCGACUCUACUAUCACUCCAGGAAUUGGCCAAGUGUAACCACUUCCUAAAGCGUAGUAUAGCGGGUUUAGGUUUAAUUAUCAACCCAGGUCCUAGAUAUGAUGACUACUCAGUGAAUUUGUGUUAUCUAGCAAUGAAACUGGAAUGCAAGU